AUGAUAUUCUGUAAACCUAUUGAAUGCAAUACUACAGCAAAGGAAGUUUUUAAAAUCAUUGAUAAUUUUUUUAAUGAAAAUGGCAUUCUGUGGGAGAACUGUGUUGGACUAUGCACAGAUGGAGCUCCAUCUAUGGCAGGAAAAAAUGCUGGUCUACAGGCACUAGUUCGAAAGGUGGCUCCUCGUGCAGUUUGGACGCAUUGCAUGAUUCAUAGACAAUCACUUGUUUCAAGAGAUAUGGGUGAAGAUCUACUAACAGUAUUUGAAGUUAUUACAAGAGUUGUAAAUUUUAUCAAAAAUAGCCCAUUAAGAGGAAGACUUUUCGCAAAAUUGUGUGAUGACAUGGGUUCAGAAUAUAGAUCACUUCUAUACUAUUGUGAGGUACGUUGGCUUUCUCGUGCCAAAGUACUUCAAAGGGUGUUUGAGCUAAAAGAAGAGAUCGCCAUAUUUCUUAGUGAUAAUAAUAGAGAUGAAGCACACUUGUUUUAUGACACGAAAUUCCUUGUAAAACUUGCAAACCCAUUUGUGAUUGAAAAAUAUGAUGAUUUUGGCCUUACGACAGCAGAGCAGGAAAUGAUAAUUGACUUAUCUAGUGAUAGCACAUUAAAGCAGAUGUUUCGAGGUGAAAAUAAUAUUGUUACGUUUUGGCUACGAGUAAAGGACGAUUUUCCUACUUUGACAAACAAAGCUUUAGAAAUUUUAUUGCCAUUUGUAACAUCUUACCUAUGUGAAACUGGUUUUUCUGCAGUAGCUGUCUUAAAAACAAAGUAUCGAUCUCGCUUAAUGAUUGAAAAGGAACUGAGAACCGCGAUUUCUUCAAUGAUACCAUGGUUUGAGAAAAUUUGUGCUGAAAAACAAACUCAACCGUCGCAUUAA